AUUUGUGUUAUUUGCUCUCUUUUUUUCGGUUAUGUUUAUCUGCUACAAAUAAUUGCAACAAAGAAUCGGUAUAAAUGAAACCAAAUCACGCUUUGUUACACUUUAAUUUGGUUUCAACGAUUUAAUCAUUAGGAUUGUAGACUUCACAAAAACCAUCAUAAGAACCCUAAUUUCAAAAGAUUAUGUUCAUUAACCAAACUCUUCGAACUGAUUUGACCCUUGAAAGCUCAUUUCACAACUCGAUUCCUUAACAAAACGAACCAACCUUGAACAGUUUUUUUUUUUUUUCGUUCACUAAACUAAGAAGCUCAACCCGAGCUUGAUUAUAAGAAAAAUAACAAAAUAUGUAUACAAAAAAUCAAGUCACUCGAUCUCAAUUCAUGUUAGGCUCGAUUAAAGCUCGUUCCAGGCCGACUCAAAUAUAACUUCCAAAAAAAUACCCAAACAACCGUGCAUUCAGGUCGACUCGAUUUAUUUACACCUUUACGCAUCAACUUAUCCAUCCCAUCCAAAAACAGCAAAAGAAGAAGCAAUCAAGAUAGGAAUAUAUAAUAUUAAACACAUGUGUAGUUUCUUUGCCUUGUGAAACUCUUCUUUAUGCCAUACUUGCUAGUUUUUCCAAACAAUUAAACUAUUUUUGCCUCAAAUACAAUUAGAUGACACAUCCAUUAAUGUAUAAAGGGAACUCGAAUUCAAUGCACUAAUAGUCACUAACUUAAUUUUUCAUGUGCUUAAUCACUUUAUUAGCGAUGCAAAUCGUCAUUAAUCGACAGAUUUAGGAGAACAAAGGUUGCUUGUGUGGUUGAGUUAUGACCUUUCUAUCCAACAAUGUAAAAGUAGACAUUGACAUUUAAUCUGAUUAUACAACCAUUCUCGAACCGCGGUACGUUGUAAUAAAUCGUAUGUACAUGCAUAUAUAUAUGUAUACAUGUAUGUCUAUAUAUUUGGUUCCAUAACAAUCACAUAAAGUACCUAAAGCUUCUCAGGCUGAAGUAAACGAAACGAAACGAAACACUAAACAUUCCUAUAUUGGCUCCAGGAGAUAAAUUAAAUAGACCAGAAAAAGACUGCAAAAUGGGUAAUGUGAUAAGUUACCUCAAGAAAAAAGGGAGACAAAUAUGUGGCGGAAGAAACACAGACGACACGACGAAAACCACCACCAGAGUAGCCGAAAGGUGGCAGCUCCUAAGCGGCACCACCAACUGGAAAGACCUACUGGACCCGCUAGACCUAAAUCUCCGGCAAUACAUACUCCACUACGGCUCAAUGGCUCAAGCAACCUACGACACUUUCAUAUCCGAAAAGGCAUCGAAAUACGCAGGCGCAAGCCGGUACUCUAAGAAAGACCUCUUAUCGAAAGUCGGAAUCGAAUACAAGGCCAAUCCAUACAAGUAUAGAGUCACAAAGUACUUUUACGCCGCGUCAUCGUCUCUAGUGCUCGGUUCUUUGUUAGUUGUUUCUUUGUCGAGAGAGGCUUGGAGCAAGGAAUCGAACUGGAUGGGGUUCGUGGCUGUGGCUACGGACGAAGGAAGAUUGGCUCUCGGCAGAAGGGAUAUUUUAAUUUCGUGGAGAGGGACUAUUCAAAAUCUCGAAUGGGUUAAUGAUCUUCAGUUCGAAUUAGUCUCUGCUCCCGAGAUUUUCGGAGAGACAAAUAACGAAGGUGAUGAACCUAAGGUGCAUUUAGGGUGGCGGUCUAUUUACACUUCGGACGACCCUAAAUCACCUUUCAAUAAGACGAGCGCUAGACACCAGGUUCUUGAUGAAGUUCGGAGAUUGGUGGAGGAGUACAAGAACGAGGAGACCAGCAUAACUAUAACAGGGCACAGUAUGGGGGCAGCGGUUUCUACUCUAAACGCAGUCGACAUUGUCGCCCAAGGGUACAACAAGCCUAAAGACAUGCCAAACAAGGCUUGUCCCGUCACAGCUUUCGUUUUCGCUAGCCCUAGAGUAGGCAACGGAAGCUUCCAGAAGUUCUUCUCGAGUUUGCAGAAUCUCCGGAUUCUACGAGUCAGAAACGCACGUGAUGUGGUCCCUUUAUAUCCAUUGAUAGGAUAUUCCGAGGUCGGAGAAGAAUUGGUCAUAGACACGGAAGAAUCGAGCUAUUUAAAAAAGCCGGGAAAUUUUAGCAGCUGGCAUACCUUGGAGGGUUAUUUGCACGGUGUUGCGGGUACACAAGGCAGCAAAGGGGGUUUCAAAUUGGAGGUUGACAGAGAUAUCGCACUCGUUAAUAAACAUAUGAAUCUCUUGAAAGAUGAAUAUUGCGUCCCGGAAUCUUGGUGGUGUGAAAGGAAUAAAGGUAUGGUGCAAAAGGAAGAUGGGUCUUGGUUACUAAUGGAUCAUGAGCAUGAUGAUUUUUGAUCCAAUUCUAUGUACCUUAUCCGAGGAAAAAUUAAAGGAAAAAUCGAGAACGUAAAAGCAUCUUAGUAGAUAUAAACUAUCACGAAAUGUAAUAUAUCAAGAAUGUGAUAAAUAACAGGUCAAUUUGAGCAAUUGUGAAGUUCAUUUUCUUAACAUGUAUCUGAGUUACAAAAAAAAAACGAAACAAGUAAAAA